AUGGCUGAAGUUGAGCCCACGGAGCAGGACAUUGAAAAGAAGAUUGAGGACAUGAGAGAGAGAUUUAAGAAUGAGUUCCUUCAAGAUUCAGCAGAGAAGUACGACUCCAGAGACGUGGACAAACUGCACACAGAUGAUUCCCUGGUGGAGGGCUACCUGACGUGGAGGCUUUAUAAUGUAGAUGACGCUUUGAAAAUGAUAGACGAAAGUCUACAAUGGAGAAAGGAGUUUGGUGUUAAUGAUCUUACUGAAAACAGUAUUCCCAGAUGGAUGUUUGAGACUGGUGCUGUGUACCUGCAUGGAUAUGACAAAGAGGGAACCAAACUUUUUUGGUUCAAAGUGAAAUUGCAUGUGAAGGAUGCAAAAACGAUCUUGGACAAGAAGAAGUAUGUAGCUUUCUGGUUGGAGAGGUAUGCCAAGAAGGAGCCAGGCAUGCCGCUUACCGUUGUGUUUGACAUGAAUGAGUCUGGCCUCAGCAAUAUAGACAUGGAUUUUGUGAAGUACAUCAUUAACUGUUUUAAAAUAUACUAUCCAAAAUAUUUAUCCAAAAUGAUAAUAGUGGAUAUGCCCUGGAUCAUGAAUGCCGCUUGGAAGAUUGUAAAGUCAUGGUUGGGACCUGAGGCAAUCAGCAAACUCAGAUUUGCAUCAAAAUCUGAGAUCCAGACUUAUAUUAACCUGGAGUACCUGCCACCUUCCCUGGGUGGAACGGAUCCAUUCCAAUAUAGUUACCCUCCUCUUCCAGACGACGAUUUUCAAACACCUCUGGAUAAUGGUCCAUUUCCUAGUGAAGAGGAAACUGAGAUUAAAGAAUCAGAACCGGAGGUCAAAGAUGCCCUGGAAAUAAGCUUCAACUCAGACGUUGCUGUAAAACCCAAAAAGGUGAACUUUGUAGAGGGCGGUCUGGGGUCAGAGGAAGCAGAAAGAGACACAAACACCAGAACAAGAGGAGCCCGGAAACCAGUGACCACUUUCAAAGGCCCUCUGCUGGAUGUUAGUCCUGCAGAGGAGCUCAGUUUUGGAUCUGGAGAAACUGAAAAGAAAAGCCUCAUUAUUUUGAGCAAUGUGACCAAGAAUCAUGUGGCCUUUAAGGUGCGAACUACUGCCCCCGAGAAGUACCGGGUGAAGCCCAGCAGCAGCAGCUGUGAGCCGGGGGCGUCGGUGGAGAUUGUGGUGUCCUUACAUGGAGGUUCCCAGGCCUCUCCUCAAGACCGGUUUCUUGUUAUGGCUGCUGAGAUGGACAAUAGCUCUCAAGAACUCGCACAGUUUUGGAAAGAAGUACAAAAACCUAAGAUUAUGGAGCACAGGUUACGCUGUCAUGUAUUAGAAAGUUCUAAAACACUUUCAAGUCCUCACAGAGACUUCCCAUCAGAGAUGGCAAGCAUUGGACAGCCAGAAUUUGGCACGACGCUCAUGAGAGUGAUGGCUGCAAACCAGCGGAUGGAGCUGAAGCUGAACACUUGUCUCAGCAGCCCUCUUGACCUCUGUAAAAUCAGCGGCUGGAUCAGUCGCAGGGAUGUGAGUGAGGCUGCCUGA